GGAGAGAUUUGAAAAUGGCUGUGCACCGACACUCCCCAUCCAACCUGAUAGAGCUUGAGAAAUGCUUAUGGAGGUGGGUUUAUGAACAAAGGAUGUACAAAUGACAGAAGAUGAAAUACUGCAUUGUGCAUGUGUGACAUCUUUUAAAAACACUACUACAGCUGCUGCUGACUAAGCAGUCCAAGAUGACUUCACAGUGAAAUGCUAAAUUUAAUGCUGGUAACAGAUUCACUUUUACUUAAAUCAACACUGCAGUUGUUUAACAAAAGCACCUGGUUAUUAAAUGAUUAAAAAUGACUACCAUCUUAACAUGGUCUCCUCGCACAAAUAUGCCUUUAUUUGAAAAAUUAUUCUCAAUCCUUUUAGUUAUCACCUUAAACACUACAGAUAUAACACUUUCGGCAGUGCUUUUAUGUAAUUUUUUGCAGUUGUUGGGUGAAAGCCCAUUUUGUGACCUGACCUUGACUUGUGUGUAUUCUGGCAGGUGGUGGUGGGGCAAAACUCUGACGUGUCUCUGCAUCUGCCACGUUGUCCAACACUCAGCACAUUUCUGGCUUGAGACAUUCAAGCAUUCAUUUCUCAUCAAUAACAGCAGGAACAUCUGAUCGGGGCCAUGUCUGGACUGAACGCCUCUCUUGGAUACUUCCUGGCAGUUGUGAUUUUUGCAGCCUUAGCCCAAAUUUUCCUUAAAAAAUGGUCACGCUUCAGCUUUGUUUUGGAUUUUGCAUCUGCUUUCAUGCUGGUGGCAUGCUGGUUGGAAGUGCAGACAAUCGUAGAGGUGGGAGAGUGGGCUGGGGGACUGGGAGCAGAUGUGACCGUAACCAUCCUUUUUGUGGUGCUGCUGACCCAAGGGGUGAUCUGUGGCAGUGGCUCAGGGAACCCAGCUGUGGCUCUUCUUAAAUUUCUUCAGCUGCAGGUCUCCAUCUUUAAAACGCUAUUUGCUAUUGCAGCUCAGCUUCUUGGGGCCCAUGUGGCUAUUCUUGUGGCUGAGCACUACUGGAGACUGGAGCUGACAGACAUGCACAUGAUCAAAAACCUGAUGUCGCAAGACUGCAGCACAUCUUUACUGGUCUCUUUGCCUCAGGGUUUUUUUACCGAGUGUUUCUGCAGUCUUGUAUUCCACCUCAUCCUCCUAAGCCUUCAACAUAGAUCUGCUCUGAUCCGGGUGCCUGUUAUUGCUGUGCUUCUCACUUUCCUGUCCCAUGCAGCUAAAGGCUACACUUCAGCAUACUUGAAUCCAUCACUGGCUUAUGGCCUCACCUUCUUCUGUUCUGGAUUCACAUUCACACAGUAUGCAAUAGUCUACUGGCUGGGGCCUCUGACAGGCAUGACUGUGGCACUUUUCCUGUAUAUGGGCCACAUUCCAAGGAUUUUUGCCAAGAACCUGCUAUAUUCUUCUAAGACACGAUUCAGGGUGCCCAAAGGAGACAAGAAAAUGUGAAAUUAUGUGAUGUUUUUAAAAUUCAUCCUUUAAAGAAUUACCUGACAUAAAACACAACUAAUGAAAACAUUCAUAGAAGGUGAUAAGGUAAUGAAUAAAAAG